CGCGCACAAAACUUUCAAUUUAGUUUCGUCUUUUGAACGGUGCAGAUCAGCGUGACCCUCGCUCUUGGCGAUUGAUUUUUUGUGUGGGGUGAAAACAGAGAGAAGAUUUAUAUUACGGUGCUCUCUCGUGUGCGGUUGGGAAGUGAGAGGAAAGUGAAUAAUUGCUAAUGAGCAUACAUACAAACAAACAAGCGUGAGAAGAAGGGGCACGAGAUAAGGCGGUACAACAAAUUGAGCGCAAAGUGUGUGGAAGCAAUAAGGCAAAACAGACUGAAUUAAAAGCAGACGUGAACUUUGGUGCCGAGUGUUACUAUUGAAUACAUACACAUACUGUGGCUUUGCUGGUUCGGUAGAGCGCCAGUUACUAGAAACUCGUGCGACAUUGGACUGUUACCUUUCGUGCGCGUUGUGGAAGAUAAUUGAUAGAGUAUUAUAUGCGGACAGAUAGUGAGAAACGGGAAAGCUGCGCUGCUAGUGUCCGUUGUGAGUCAUCGGAUAUUUUCGCACCAGGAAGUGAAGAUACAACGUCGGGCAUCAGUUCUACAGAAUCUGACGUCGAAACGUUCAGAGCUAUCAAAAUUGAUACCAUGGCAGAAGCGCAACGUCUAAUUGGCAUUUCGCUAGCCAAGAUAGCCCAAUCGCGAGUGUGUCGUGGCGGGGUGUCUUUGCACAAAAAUUUACUUGUGGCUACCGUGCUGCAAAAAGCGCGGUACAUUUUCAUGGAGGAAGCAUACCAUAUUGUACAUGGUCAUUACCUUCAGCAGAACAAGUGUAUGGAGCUGGAGAUGGAGAAGCAGCGAAAUGCUGCUGCAGCAGCCGCUGCAGCAGCUGCAGCUUCAGUGAACAAUGUGGAUGACGAAAGUUGUAGUGAAAGUGAGGAUAGCGAUGAGUCGGAAUCGUAUGCAUCAAGUGAAAAUAACGAUGAGAGCGAUAAUGAAGACAAGGAAAAUAGCCCACCAUCGCUAACAGACGAGAGGGGAGAUGAAGAUUCGUCAUCGGUGUCGUACUUUGAUUUGGACGUGAAGAAAGUGGAGAAAACCAGCUCUGAAAACAGCAAUAAGCGGAGACGUGAAGCCACUGAAUGGGAAACAGAAGAAGCAAUUCAAUCAAUUCUUCCUAAACGUCUCAAGCCCGAUUCGGAAAGUAGUGCGGAUGAAAAUAGCAAAACCAGUCAAGAAUCCGCUGAUGCUGCUUCGAAUGCUGAAGCUUGUUCCUUAGCCGAAUCCGUCAACAAUCAAUUGGAAGCAGAAGACUUGUCUUGUCGUCAAGCUGAUGGCACCCUUACCCAUACGCCUUCGGUAGAGAGCAUUGAUCGGAUAACGUCAUUAGUUUCGAUAUUUAGUUUCGGUAACCUGUCUCGUUCUGUUUCUACUCCGGACUUCUGUGCAGCCCAGGCGAAAGACACCGACAGUACGCUGACACAGCUGCAGCAUACACAACGGGGUUAUCUAACGAUGACUGUAUAACUACUGCUGCUCCAACAAGCACUAGACGCCAAGUAUUAGCAAUUAAAAAUUCAUACUCCUGUGAUUCGCACACGUUGUGAUGUAUGUUACGUUAUAGCAGCGUGGUUAAUGCUGCCGUCACUAACGGAGCGGCGUAGGAGCGUGCGUUGCGAGAAUGGUGCUGAACCGGGUGUUGGUUCGUGGUCUUACAUGGAAGGUGCCGUUUGCACACCCUGAACCUGAGAGUCCGCGCUAUUGUGGCGCUUCGUCAUGGUUUAUCGAUCAGUAUCAUAAUAGUCAACCCAACAAGUUUCACUCCGCGAUUUAACCAUCGCGUAGUCAUUACCGUAAACCAGUAGUGACUAAUACCCGACCAAGUAAAACAGGAAAUGAUAAUGUCGAAGAAGAAACGAAUUAGGGGAAUAACAUCUCAAUAUCAAGGCUUGUGAUACAUCACUCACUCCUACACGUUUAGUUCAUUAUGAUUCGCUGGUAGCACUGGUGGAUGAGAGUGAAGAAAGAAAAUAGCACAAAGGCGAGGCAAAGUCGUAUAUAGUUGAACAGUUUGAACGGCGGAAGACAUUACGUUAGUCAUGUAGAGCCAAGUUUUCUCGCUCAGUUGCCUUGUAUCAGUGAUGAAUAAUUACGUUUUAAACUAUAGUGCUUCGCGCGCGCUCUCUCUCUCUCUCAGAGGCGGAUAGUUGGCACGUUGGAAAUCAACUUUGAGAGCGGCAAUAACAGAGAUCGCGAAAGAGAGUGUUGAAACCAAGAGAAGAUCAUUGCGAAUAAUAGUAGAGAGGCACGCGGUGUUCAGUGCACUCUGUGAUUUUACGUGUAUCUGGAGCUAAACCUAAUUUGAAUUAAAUAGGAGCUGAAGCAGAACUUUGAAUGAAUAAUGCCCAACAGUUAACAAAAAAAAAUGCGAGCACUUCCAAAACAUCUUGAUUAAAUCAAUUCUUCAGCCAGUAGAAUCAAUUUUCUUGUUUCAAAUUUCAAACAUUCUUAUUUAACCUUAUGAUUUGAGUUGAUUUUCGCUUGAUACUGUGAGUGACAAAUGACAAGCAGGAAAGAAGAAUUUCAAUCAUCAUUUUCAUAAUAGUUAGAAGGAAAUCAUAAAAAAAAUAAUACUGCAAAAGAUAACUGUUCACGAUGGCAGGAGAAAUGAAGAAAUAAACACUAUAUGGCACAAUCUAUAACAUGCACUCUUUUUAUUCGAUUACCUCCUCCAAGACCAAUGGUAAUCGUCGACAUAGUAGCAUGAAGGCACAAAAGAGAAAGAGCGCAAGAAAGAAGGCACAAUCAUAACUGUUUCGUCUACGCGCUAGCUCCCGUUGAUCGCCCGAUAGUCAAAGCAUAAGUCAAAGUGUAGGAAAGCUGGCGGUGAGGUUUAUUGGCGAGAGCAUGUCCACCGACUAAUUCAUUGUUUUCGUUUCCACCAACCAAGUCCGUUCGAAACGUUGUUUUCUUUCUCUUUCACUCCGUUACGCUAAGGACGAUGAACCCGCUUAAGUAACACCAAAAAUCAUUCGAAUUCGCCGUAGUCGCGAUUCACUAAUAUAUGUGUGCGACAUCCGUACCAGAUGACGUCCUUCAUUUGGCGCAUUGUAGGUAGACACAUAACUAUCAUCACAGUUGGAAGGUAAAUAACCCAUCAGUGAGCAAUCAACAAAGUGAAAGUUUAUAUAACUGCCCACCUCGGCCUAUGACUUAGUCCUCCAAAUCUCAAACACAUGUUUAUGGGCAAAUUAAAAAAAAUACAUAGCUGUACUAGCUGCGCCCAUUGAUGUGUACCAUUAAGAAGUGACCCCACUCCAAAUGUUCGAUGUAUAUCUCCUAUGCAGCGUGCAACAAUUCUCACGUAACGCUCUCUGACAUGGAUUCGAAAGAAGAAAAUGAUGUUGACGGCAAUCGGGGAGAGACAACCGAGCCAGUAGACGAAGCAAUUAUUGGCCUGAUUAUGUAAACAUCACCACUUUUUUACCGCACAUUGGACGUACUGUACCGUUUGAAGACGAAAAAUCACAUCCGAGGAUGUAUGAAUUGAAUUAAUUUUUCAAAACUUGCUAGUUAGCUUAGAUAGCUGUAAAAGUGGAACUUUUAAAAUUAAUAAUCCGUACAUCAAGGAACUCUAUGAGGUAACACAUCCGAUAACUACAUGAUACAUGAUUCGAUUUUGAACUUUGCCCUCGUCAAAUGAAUAUUCUUAGUUGAAUAGUUUUAUGUUAAAUCAUGAAGCAGUACACUUAGCGUUAGAUGUAGUCAUUGAUACGGAAUCUGGCUCUGUUUUAAGAGUUGCAUCAAAUAUCAUUUCCAACUACAGUAUAAUGUUAACUUAUUCAAUAAUCAAAAUUGUACAAUAGUGUAAUAAAUGAGUUUUAAUAUAUAUAAAAAUUUCCUUCGU